UCCACGUCUCAUUGUCCAGCUGAAUUUCGGGAGUCCCUUAUUGUUGUGAACGCCUCCGUCCAGCACUGCUCAUGGCGCCCAAGAAGGCAAAGAAAAGGUCUGCAGAGGGAGCAAACUCCAACGUGUUCUCCAUGUUUGAACAAGCUCAGAUCCAGGAGUUCAAGGAGGCGUUCACCAUCAUGGACCAGAACAGAGACGGCUUCAUUGACAAGAACGACCUGAGAGACACGUUUGCCGCUUUAGGUCGGCUCAACGUGAAACAAGAAGAGAUUGACGAAAUGCUGAAGGAAGCGUCUGGACCGAUCAAUUUCACCGUGUUCCUCACGAUGUUUGGAGAGAAACUCAAGGGCGCUGAUCCAGAGGAAACCAUCUUAAAUGCCUUCAAAGUGUUUGAUCCUGAGGGGAAGGGAAUUCUCAAGAAGGAAUACGUGACCGAGAUGCUGACCACACAAGCUGACAGAUUUUCAGCAGAGGAGAUGGAGCAGAUGUUUCUCGCAUUCCCCCCGGACCCUGCGGGAAACCUGGACUACAAAAAUCUGGUCCAUAUCAUCACACACGGAGAAGAGAAAGACCAGGAAUGAUGUAGCCCUUCGGCCAAUCCCAGCGCUCCCUGCGUGCCAGUCCACGCCCACUUAUUUAUGAUUGACAGGCUUGAAUCCGAGCUCAAAGUCAAUGGAGAAUAUUCAGAUUUUUCAUUGUGUAAUAUUGUGUCAGUGUUUGUAAAAUAAACGACAAUCUUUGCACCGUUAUCUCGUCUUAUGUCAACGUUUAUUUA